AUUUAUCUGCACCGCCGGUUUUAUGGGGACAGUUACUGCACGAUCUGACAGUCAUGGUGAACAUCCGCGCUAGCGUCGAAGUGGCGUGAACUUCCUUAGGUGUCUGACCAUCACGGCGGUGUCUGACCAUUCAAGACAGCCUAUGACUUCGAAUGGCUCCCAGAGAGAACCUUUGACGACACCUAACAUCUGGAUCAGUGUAUUUGCCGACAGAGGAAGGGAUGUGGCCACAUGCAGGAGGGUUACAAAGAGCAAUGAACAGGCUUCCUACAGCGACGCUCCUGGCCGUGACCGUGAUCUCGGCAGCGUCGUCGCACGUCGUCAACACCACUUCCGGGUUGGUGCGUGGUCUUCCAAUUUCCGUGAAAGACAAGACCGUGUUCGGUUUUCUGGGCAUUCCGUACGCUCAGCCACCGACGGGCGAACUUCGAUUCCGAAAGCCUGUGCCAGCUUUGCCUUGGAAAGAUGUGUGGGACGCAACGACAAUGCCUUAUUCGUGCAUGCAACUCGAGAAUGUGUUUCUCAGCGCCGGCUUCGAGGACGAGAGCCGGCACAGCGAAGACUGCCUCUACCUCAACCUGUGGACUCCUCAAACAGACUCCUCUAGCAGGCCUGUAAUGGUAUGGCUCCACGGUGGUGCAUUUAUAAUGGGAUCGGCCAGCCAUAGUUACAACAACGGCUCCGUGAUUGCCGCCCUGGGUGACGUGGUUGUGGUCGCGAUGAACUACCGGCUCGGCGCAUUCGGCUUCUUCACUGCAGACACAGAGGACGCCCCUGGCAAUAUGGCUCUCCACGACCAGCUGCUCGCGUUGCGUUGGGUGCACGACAACAUUCGCAACUUCGGCGGUGAUCCCGACCAAGUGACUCUUUUCGGAGUCAGCGCUGGAGCAAUCUCGGCCAACCUGCACCUCCUAUCUCCCCUGAGCCGUGGCCUGUUCAAGCGCGUCAUCUUGCAGAGUGGGAGCCUCUACUCCGCCACCUUCAUGAGCACCACGGAGGAAGCCAUACGGGUGUCGAACGACUUCGCCAGCACCCUCGGCUGCGCGAGCAGCAUAGACGAGGACCUACUCUCUCACCCGGAAUUAGUCGUACGAUGCUUGCGGUCCAAGAGCGCCGAUGAGAUCCUGCGCGCGCACAUCGCCUUCUCACGAGGCAAGAUCAUCAGCAUGAGGCCCGUGCACGGCGAUGAAUUCAUGCCCAAAUCCCACUUGGUGCAGAUCGAAAGGGGUCAGUUCCAAGACGGCGAGGUCCUGAUCGGAACCAACGCAGACGAAGGAUCGCUCUUCCUCUUUCUCGGCUUUCCGCACCUCUAUCCUCUCAAGACGACGCAACCUGUCUCGCGAGAGGACACGCAGAAAGUGGCCCGAGUGCUGCUGCACGCUUUGCACGCGCCGGUGCCUGACGACUUGUUCGACGUGUACUUAGACGCUCAAGAUGGCGCCGGUGCAAUUAGUGAGGACGAGCUUCUGCGUGGGCGGCUAAUUGAUAUCGUGGGCGACCUGUUCUUCGUCUGCCCGUCGGUGCACUUCGCCCACACGUACGCGAGGCACGGUAACCCAGUGUUCUACUACUCCUUCGAGCACCGCACCGAGGCCAGCAUCUGGGGCCCCUGGAUGGGCGUUCCGCAUAGCGACGAAGUGCAGUACGUCUUCGGCAUGCCCUUUAGGCUGCCCGCGCACUACACGGAAGAGGAGGCACGAUUCUCCGAGAACAUCAUCAACAUGUGGGUCACCUUCGCCAAGACAGGGAACCCAAGCACUCAAGACACGCGCUGGGACGAGUUUCAAAGGAGCAACGGCACCUAUCUGUCUCUGCAGCCCCGGCGAUACACGACGGGCUCGCAGCUGCGCCAAGACCGGUGCCAGUACUGGAAGCCGCAUUUGAAGUACCCGCAGCUAGACUCCGCCGGUGCGCGAGCUCUCGAGAACUAUCCGGGAAAAGUGAUGUGGUUUGUCGACAGCGUCGUGUCGAAAAUCAGCAAAUUCUGGAUGAGGGUUAAGUCGUACAGCAAUAAAUUUCUAUGACGGACCAUGUGGACGCCGGUGAGCGGUGUCUUUCUGCCAACAGAAUAAAAAAUUUCAUAGAUGUAAAGCCCAUUGAUAGACCCUGAAAGACUGAUUGAUUGAUGGAUUUAACGUCCCAAGGCAACGCUGUGGCCACGAGGUACGCCGUAUUGUAGGUCUCCGUAUUAAUUUUGACUUCAGGAUAUUAUUUAACGGUUACCUAAAGUUAAGUACACGGGCACAUUUUAUUUCGCCCGCACCGUAAUGUGGCUGCCGCGGCAGGCUAUCGGAUAAACGACUUCGGGCUCAGAAGUAGAACGCUACAGCCACUGCGUAACCAUGAUGGUAGUUCCAGAGAUAAACCAAGGAAACUGCAGGGUUACUAUAUUGGGCGCAUUGAGAAGCGCUUGCAUGUUAAGACGCCCGAUUACAUGGUAGCACAACUAUUAUAGCGUAUUAAUUUUUUUAUAACACUUAGUUCCGCGCCUGAAAAUUUCGUAGUUAGCCUGGUAGGAUUCUGUGAGAAAAUAUAUUCUGUGGUUCCAAAAAAUAGUCCGCUCGUAAGCUUCUGCAUGAACGACAACUUAAGUAAACGGUUAUUUAGAUGGGGCUAGGGGAACUGUUACAGCGAGCGCAGCGUACGUUUGAUACAAGUAUUUCGACAGGUCUCAUAGUUGUGCCACAGGGUUCUCAGACGUGUUAUGAUGCCUCCGAGAGGGAGGAUUCCCAGGAAUCUAUAGGUGGUAAAAGUGAUGUGGUCUCCACGCGCCUUCUAAAAUAGACAGACGAUACGAGAACCGAGAGCCUAACGCCCUUUUGCAUACCCACGGUACCUACCUGUCUGUAUGUUGGCUUUAGGAGAUUCCUCUGUUUUUCUGUAACUUGUCUCGGAAUGAAAAAUUAAAAAGGGCUUCUGUACAAGAAAGCCUAUGUUGGUGCCGCCUGUUUCUCUCUGUUUUCCGAUCUUUAAAUAGAAAUCUAUUGCGUAGGCCAUAACUACAUUACUGCUAGGAUUGACGAAGACGGGUUUCUUGCGAGUAAAACUUGCACGUUUGAAACGUGCGUGCACAUGUAUUAAAGCAGUCUCAGCGUUGUCGGUCGCUGGUACCACCUCUCUUGGGUAUUUAGGACGCAAAGGUUGGUGCAUUUGUGCCAUGAAAAUGUUGGAAACACUUAGGGAACUUCGCUGCGUAAAAGUGCAAGGUUACAAACCACUAAUACAUUAAAUACCGCGCUCAAGCAGCAGCCGACGCCGUAUUUCUGUGCCCAAAUGUUCUUUUAUGUUGCCAACACACACACACACAUACACACACACGCACACGCACACGCACGCACACACACACACACACAUAUAUAUAUAUAUAUAAAGCUGCUGCAUCUGCAGCGUGAUCUGUGGCAACUUAUUACACCCUCAGGAUUACAGUAAACACGUAUAAUGAAAAUUAUAUGUCUGCCGUGUCAUUAUAACUAUCCACAUAAGCUCUGAGGCUAGAGCACUCGAGGACUGAGGUGAACAUGCCUGCUGGGCAUGCGAACGUGUUAUCGUUGCUUUGCACAGAGAGAGAAAACAUAUACAGACCCUUUACAGUGUCUCGGCAUAGGCGCUGCCAUACUUAAACGCGUAACCUAGCCGUCAUUGAGCUCACUUCGGUUUCCCCGUCCGGAAAGUGGACGACGUCUUGCGUAAAUGCAGAAAAGAGCUGUUUGCACUUUCGGGGUAACUAUUUACUCACGAGAGAUGCAAUGCUUUCAACCGAAAGCACAAACGAACGUGGGUGCUGGUGACAAUUUACAUUUGGCCAUAUUUUAGUCAGAUAAUGGCCAGUGAAUACCUUUGCCAUAUUUAAAAUAAAGUUUUUUCCAUCCA